CGUUCAACCUGUAGGCAGAUCCUAUCGCUGGUUGACAGCUCCCAGUCUAAAUAAAUCUAUGCAUAUAUACGAGUAUAGAAUGAAUUGUCUUAUCGUUGUUUUAAGCUGCCUAUUGGUAGCCCUCAACAAAGGAAAUUGCCACAGCAUCAGUGGUUCGAAUGUCACCUUGAAUCUACCAGAGAUUCGAGGUGACCAGUUCCUGUACUUUGGAUUCGGAAGCAAUAUGCUGAUCAAGAGAAUCCACAUCCAGAACCCUUCCGCCAGGAGAAUUGGACCGGCCCUGCUACCCGAUUAUCGAUUGGACUUUGCCUUUGAAUCAGCCAUUUGGAGUGGUUCUGUGGCCACCAUCGUUCCCACCCAGGGUGAUCAUGUCUGGGGAACCCUCUGGACGAUCGAUCUAAGUAAUCUACCGGAUAUAGACCGUCAAGAAGGCGUUAGUCAAGGCAUUUAUGAGCCUCGCACCGUUUACGUAAAACUCCGUGGGGAAUCCGAAUCAACCCCUGUCCGAGCCUAUCUACUGACCAAGCAGCCAGAGAGCAAUCUCUACGAACUGCCCAAGGACUCCAUUCCCUUAUCCAGACAGCCUUCGAAAACAUAUCUCCAAUGUCUCGUUAAAGGCGCUAUCGAGAGCUCCGUCCCGGAAGAUUAUGUUCUGCGAUUGAGGAGCAUUAAGCAUAAUGGACAAGUUAACUCCGAUAUCGAACGAAAACUGCAACUGGGAGGGGUAGCCCUUUAAGUAAUGAAAACAUUAAAUAAAUUUCAUGAUGCCGUUGACAUUUCAUCAAAGAUUUCGAAAAAUAUGUAGAUUUUCACCUAAAUAAUACAAUAUUAAUCAGUGUGUUUAGUAACUAAAUUAUUGUCUUUGUUACAAUAAUACUCAUGCAACUGCAAA